CAGAAGGGACUGCAAGUGAACUUUGUGAAGUCCAGGUGCCAGAUAGUGAGUUCCAGCGGGAAAGUGCAAGCUGUGGCAGAACUUUGUGGAGAGCUGUACACUCUGAAGACUGCAGAAGUGAGGAAGAACGGCAACCGCCAUAAAACUGCAGCUGGGCAUUCCGUUGAGGAGGAGUGCUGCCAAGAAGAAUUUUAUGACUGUUUUGACGAGGGAAACCGAUGCUAAGUGUGAUAUCGUGUAUAGACUCUGUAAACUCUUUGUGACUUUGUGGUAUACUUGACGAAGCAGGAGUGUGUAGAGAAUAAAGAAUGAUAUGAACAAUAAAACUGUUAAAAAAUAACUUGCUUUUAAAUUAGUAGUUUGAUAUUAUUUAAAAAUAGCUGAUUCACAUAUCCCAUACAGUAGGGUCUGGCCUUUUUGCGAAUUAUCCACUUCGUUGUAAAAGAGGUGUGGCUUACUCUGCUCGAGAACGUGAAUAGCAGAGGCAAAAAUCGCGUUGAGGUUUCCCUGCCAACGAACAAAGCAAUGGAAUAAAACAGUGACACCAUUGCAUUCACACCUCAUUCGUAUCACGGACGGCAAAGCGAACGGGUCACCAUCGGAAUCGGGUUGAGACUUCCCCGACAGCAGCGAAGAACAGCAAAAGAGAGGUGCGAUCGCUCGCGCAGCUCAUUCGUAUCACGGACGGCAAAGCGAACGGGUCACCAUCGGAAUCGGGUUGAGACUUCCCCGACAGCAGCGAAGAACAGCAAAAGAGAGGUGCGAUCGCUCGCGCAGCUCAUUCGUAUCACGGACGGCAAAGCGAACGGGUCACCAUCGGAAUCGGGUUGAGACUUCCCCGACAGCAGCGAAGAACAGCAAAAGAGAGGUGCGAUUGCUCGCGCAACCCAUUCUUGUUUCGGUCGGUUCGUUUUGAAGGAUUGUCAUCGCAAUGGAGAGUCACAAGUUCGUCAGGGCACCUACCGAAUCGGGGUCCGCCGAUUACGACAAUGGCGCAGAAGGUUCGAGAACCACUAGCGAUCAGGAGAGAACAAACUCUAAAUCAAAGAAGAUUUCGAGAAGGAAGCUUAUGGAGGAACUGAUAGCGCUCAAAACCGAAUUGGUUCUUGCACGGGCUGAAAGAGACCAGUUACUUCGAGAAAAGGAAAUCGGUGAUAAAGGAGUCGAUCUAUCAAGCCCCAGUGAGGAUUCCAAUGAUCAUCCGAAAUCAGAAAACGAGUCUCUGAUGGUAACAAUGAACCAUAUGUCUCUUGCUCGCACCUGUUCAGUUGUGGCUCGUCAAGGGAUUGGUCAAAAGCGUGCACGCAGUGGAGCGGAUGAAGAUGAACCAAGACCGAAGCUUGCAGCGAUUACUCAAAACGGCGAAGACAAGGAAGAGGCAGCGCAAGACUUUGUGAAGGUAGAAUAA